AUGGCUGAACCUGAAUUGCAAACUCAGCAAUCCUGGGCUGCAUGGUUUUUAGAUGCAUAUGCGAGCUCCGGCGUCACAUCGCUCGAAGACGACCUCACCGACGAUUCAGCUUAUGAGUCCAUGUCGCCAACAAUGUCAGAAGCCAGUGCCCCCGAAACGUCGCCCUAUGGCCCAUAUGUAAGGACAGGAAGAGGAGGUGCAGGCAAUUUUACGUGGCAAUCGCAGCAGCCAGCAGAUCUCGAAGCCCAAAAACCAUCAAGUUUGCGGGAGAAGAGAAAGGCCGCAAUCAAGAUCGAUCACAUUGACACUUCGAUUGCUGUAAGAGAUGCUCAAGCAAGAAAGACGUCCCAGUACGUGCGCGUAGGGAGGGGAGGUGCAGGAAAUAUGCCUUAUGUCCAAAGCAACGAACCACAAGCUUCUCCUACAUUUGCGACUCUCAAGUCGCCAACUUCUGCGAACAGCCCUGUCGUGUUUGCUGGAAGAGGAGGAGCAGGCAAUUUUGGCGCAGUCAGGUCAGCAAGUGCUCAGACUUCAUUAGAAAAAGAACGACGCGAACAGGCCGAGAUGGAGAAAACACGCGAAAGAGCUGAGCUUGAAGUGCAACAUACACUACAACUACCUUCACAAGCCUAUACUCGUUCAAGACGAAGGAGCGCGAUGCCUGACGAUAUCGAGAGUCCGGCCUGGCCCUGA